CACAGAAGACAUUUACAUGUAGAUUAGGUUUGCAGACAUUUCAGGCAUUCCACCCCUGGUAAGAACCACCGGUACGAUAGACGGGAUAAAUCCCUCAACAAUAUUGAUAUCCGGUUUAAUUCAGCAUUUUCCGCUUUCUGGUUACCCACUCUCCUAUUUCUCUCCAUUUCCUCUGUUUAUAUCUGGAAAGUGCAUCUUUUUGAAAUGAUUUUUUAAGUCUCUCUCUCUGCACAGGAAUGUGCCCUGUCCUCCUGGUUACAGGUUUAAUGCUUUUUAGAAUUACUUUAUGUAGUAACUGAAAUGAAAAUAUGAAAUAUUUAUCAUGCUUUUCCGAAUGCAAUUUAUUCUUUAGCUGCGUGACUUGGUGAUAUGGAGGGAGUUGAGGGAAUCCGCGUCAGAGCAGUUUCACAAAGUUGUGUGGGAAAACCUGCUGCCAAAGCACAUUGUCACUGUUUACCAGUGCACUGUGUGCCUUCCUCCUCCUUGUCACACCCAACUUCAUUACCAUCCUAAGUGGAUAUUGAGUGAAAAAUAGCAGCCAUACAUGAUCUGAUCACUAUUUCACAUCCUGGCGCAAAGGCCAGGGAGUGGACUCGACCCGCCUGGCCACUAACAGUACAGCGUUAGCUAAUAAAGAGCAUGCAGCCACAGUUCUCUGAAAGUCUGUCAUAAUCCACUUUUAAAAUAUGUUCAAACCGAGCGCGAGUUUCAAGGCUGUCUGAGACAUUCUUUAUUGCCGGCAUAAAAAGUCAGAGGUGAUCUGAGGCAGCGUCAGUCGCGUUGUGGGCUACGUAAAGAGAAGCCGAGAGAGCAGCUGUUCUUCUGAGAAACAAAACGGUAUUCACACAACAUGAGAGCUGCGUCUUACACCCAGAAGAGCCUGCAAGUUAGCGGCUCGGGCGGCAGAGUAAGGGUUCAGAGCCCGUCGCCGUCCCGGUGCCGUGGAUCCUCGUACGACAGCCGUGGACGCUCAGGUUAUCGCAGCACUGCUGUCGAGCUAGGCACAGAGAUACACCAGCACUAUGCCAACGAGAAAGAGGAGAUGCAGGAGCUCAACGUCAAGUUUGCAGGAUACAUCGAGAAGGUCCAGGCACUAGAGCAGAGAAACGCUGCCCUUCAAGCUGAGCUGGCUUCCCUGCAGAGCCGCUACAAGGGAGGCCCCACGGGCAUCGCAGAAGAAUAUGAGCUCAAGUUUAAAGAGGUGCGGGAGCUGAUCGAGGCCCUGACUAACGAGAAAGGAGCAGCUGAUAUUGAAAGGGGCUACAUUGAGGAGGAGGUUGAAGUGUGGAGACUAAAGGUGGAGGAGGAGCUGGCACUCAAAGAAGAAGCAGAAAUGAUCCUGAGGGAGUUUCGCCAGGACGUUGACAACGCAACACUGCAGAAGGCCGAGCUGGAGAAGCGCAUCGAGCAACUGGUGGCCGAGAUAGAGUUUCUCAAGAAGCUGCAUGAUGAAGAGGUGGCUGACCUCAUGAAGCAGAUUGAGGACUCUAAGAUUACGGCCGAACUGGAGGGUGAUCGACCUGACCUGGCCGCCUACCUGCGCAACAUGCGUGCAGAGAUAGAGGCUGUCGCCGCCCGCAACGUCCAGGAAGCUGAGAAGUGGUACAAGAGCAAGUUCGACACCCUCAAGGAGCACGCUGGAAAGCACGAAGAUCAGAUGAAGACCAUGAAAGACGAGAUCACGACCUUCCACAACCAGGUGACAGACCUGCAGAACCAGAUUGACGGCCUGAGGGCUCGCAACGUGGCCCUGGAGCAGCAGCUGGAGGACAUGGAGAUGUCCCACAUGGAUAAGGUGGGAGGCCUGGAGGGUGUCAUCGCUCAGUUGGAGACCCAGCUCUGCGAAACCAAACUGGAGAUGACCAAGUAUCUCCAAGACUACCAGGAACUGCUGCACAUUAAGCUCAAGCUGGAUGCAGAGAUCGCCACCUACAGGAAGCUGCUGGAAGGAGAGGAGCACAGGCUUGGAAUUGCCAAAGAAGCCUGAAUAUCCGGGAUGAGAGGAGCAGGAGGUCCAAAGCAGCAGCAGAGCAUCGUGGAUGGAGAGAUUAUCUCAGUCUAGUUAAAAAGAGACUAAAUUCUUCCCUGUCUUAGCCAUUCUUUCCCUUCUCACCGUCCUGACUGCGAUGGCUGGGUAUUGUUUGAAAUUUUUCAAUACCAGUGUUGACACCACACCUGAGAUUCAGUACGAGACCAAAACGAUACUUGUACUUUUCAAAUUACAACAAAUAAAGCCAAUAACAGCAAAAAUGUUGAUGUCUAAACACGUGUUGUUUGACAAGAACAAUUUUAGAACAGCCUAAAAUAGAUCCAAUAAAAAAUGAGGGGAAAAAAAUGCACUUUUAAUAUCAUGUGUGUGACUUUCCCUACAUUUUGAUUCAAAUCUGGAUUGAUCUGAUUAAAACAGACGUAGGUAAACAAGAUUAUGAAUCUGACCAGACAUUUGCUAACAGCUUCCUGUACUCGACUCGUUUUGGAUCUUCUGGUGUUUCGGGGCAAAUUUCUCCUGGUACUAGAAAUGUGUUGAGGUUUGAUACCCAUCCCUCCUUACCCCUGUCAUUUACCCUGCCACACCCUGACCCCAUUCUCCCUACAGAUCUGCUUGCUUCCCAGUCCUUCCCUUCAUCUUCCUGCAAGUCUUUUCAUUUUCCUUCCCUAACUCCUGUAUCCCUUCCUACUCUAUUUUUUGUCAUCUCUCCUUGCUCCUACCCUUCUCCUUCCUCCUGCUCCUAUAGUUACCCCCACUGUGUUCAACAUCCCCCCUCCUCCCCCUUUUCCCGUCAAGUCAACCCCUCUCUUUUCCCUCUGUCUCUUCCCUUUGCUACAGUUGCUCACUUUUCGCCGUCACUGCUUCUCUUGCCUUCACGACGAAAUGCUUUUGUUCUGCUUUGAUGUGUCACAUCUAAGCCCAAACCAAGCAGAGCAAAUAGCCUCAGUGUUAUGACUGGUCCUCACAGUCUCCCUCGAUUAUUCAGAAUGUUUCGACAACACACAACUGUUGACCAUUUACACUAAUGUUGACCAACUGUUACUUAAUAAAGAUUGAAGUGAGUGCAUCCAAAAUAAUGCAGUGAUGAUUUUUCUUUUCUCCUGCAUCUUCUUUCUUGAUGUCCCCUUUCUUACUUUGUCGCUUUUCUGUGAUAACUUUAUUUUUAUGUGUGCUCUCCAUCCAUCUCUUUACCCUCAUUUUAUGAGUCAGACCCAGUAAAUCUCAGUUUACUGUUUUGCUUUUUUCUUUAUCCUCUAAGUAAGUUGAAGAUACAGAAUCUGCCACUAAGAAAUAAAAUGGCUGUGUGAAUCCAGCCUCAGGUUGCUAUAUGUUGAUUAUUUUUCCCAGCGUGCAAGCUGCGUUUGAUGCUUUAGCUGGAGUAGCUCAAAUUAUAAAACACAAGAGUAAGAUGACUGUUUUGGUAAUAGUAACUCUGCUGAUUAAUUAUGCCUCAUGGCAAAGAGUCACAGAUACGUGUGAGUAAUUUAGUGACAUAUCUAGUAGUCCUCAUUUGGCCAGGUGGUGUAAUGGGUUUAUUCUCUCAGUGGGUUGCAGGUGAGUGUCCAUAUCACAAGUGUGCUUUCAUGUUUUAAUGAGCUUGGGUCAGGGCAUUACAAAAUUUACCCCUGGCUGAGAAAGUUUAGAAGCUCUCUCUACAAAGAGGUCGUGACCAACAGUCUGCCAAGCACCGCGCUGAAAAGUCAUAUUUAUGAGCUUCCUGUGAAUUGCACUGUGAACUUGGUUAGUGGGAGAUGAAAUAGUGCGUGAUGAGCCACCGGGCUGAUUGCAUAUUAGAUUGUUUGCCAUAAACAAUGAGCUGGAUGACAGAACAGACAAUUUCUCCCUACCUGUUUUGUGAUAUUUAUAAUAGCUGUAGGAGCAGAGCGAUGACCUUGGCUGCAAAUGACUUUUCUGCAAGGGAGCGUUUAGCCGUGGUGUUCAGUGAUGCAGAGGCUUCCUCCGCAAGAAAGUUUGAUAAUGAAUCUUUUUUUUUUUUUUUUUUUUUAAAGUUUGGUGGGACAAAUAUUUAGGGAACACUACAGCUUCAGAAAGAGAAAGAUUAAUAUGGUGAAUAAAGACGUGAUUAUGUGGCAGAUCAACCAGAAUCCUUAAUUAAAGCAAAGCUUUAGACGCACAAGUAAUUUUAAUCAUCUGGUUUUCAUGUAUUUAAAGAGCAACAAAGUCCUCCAGUGGUUGAACAGCUCGGUCUUGCUGUAGGUGUACUCCUGGGUGUGUCAGUACACUGGGACGUCACAGUUGGGUGUGGACUCAGGUGAAACUCUUUAUUUUUUGAAUUUAAUAAAACAUAUCUAAUGUUUUUUUUGUU